UCGUCGAAAUUACAUCUCCGUUUAACUCUGAGAUUUGAUUUAAUCGUUCGAAAUGGUGUAUAAGUGUUGUGUUCCACGUUGUAGAGGAAAUUACGAAAAUGGGCCACGAGUAGUGGUGUUUUCUUUUCCUAAAAGCACUGAACUACAGCAGAAAUGGAUAUCUGCAAUACAUCGUGAAAAUUUCCAGGCUACACAGAAUUCGAAGGGUCUGCGAGCUCCACCUCACUGAAGACCUCAUUCUGAAACACAGUGAAUAUUUCGACAGUUCCACAGGGAAGAAAUAUUCUGUGCCACUAUCAAAACCUCGUCUUAAAACAGGAGCCAUACCAUCCAUUCUGCCUAACUGUCCGAAGUAUCUUUCGUCAGCGUCUAGAAAAUAGAGACUUAGAAAUAGCUAUUGCAGCAAGUGUAGCAACUCAUGCUCAGUAUGAACAGGAAAGACAUUUUGUGGACUUUAAUGGUUUUGUUAAAUGUUUAGAGGGUAUCAAGCUGCCUAAUGACUGGCAUCUGAUAAAGUCAGAAAGUUCCAUAACUUUUGUUCUAAUAGACGUCAAAGGUAUUCCCACACUUUUGUGUUCUGUUGUGGUGACUACUGACCUGAGCAUGUAUUUAUAUGAGGGUAAAAGUGUAAUCUCAAAACUUGGUACAAGAAAGUUCCCUUUAACUAUAAACCAUUUAAAUGACUUAAUUAACACUAUUGACAACUUGGAGAACUUUACUAGGAAAAACAAUGGUAGCACUGGAAAAGACCACUUGCUAUUCAUUACUGAUUAUUUGAAAGAUGUGGCAAAACAUUUUGAUGAGAGUGAAAGUAACAAAAUAAAUUUUUUAUGUGAGCAAUUGAAUCUAAUGGGAGUCCACAAGAGCCAUUACAGAUACUCAACAGACUGUAUUAUAUUUUGUAGUAUUCUAUUUUCAAUAUCACCACAUGCUUAUAAGUUUAUAAGAAGUACACAGUAUCUUGUGCUACCUCAUCCUAAUACCCUGCAUAAAAUCUGUUCACAUUUUCAAACAAACCCAGCAGCUGAGCAGCUAGGUGGCAAUUUUCUGAUGUAUAUAAAACAGAAAUUCCAGUUUCUUUGUGAAUCAGAUCAUGUUGUUUCACUAAUGUUAGAUGAAAUACACUUGAAACCUUAUUUAGACUUCACAGGAGGUAACAUUUUGGGUGCUGCAUUCAAUUCUAAAAAUGUGGCAACUAGUGCUCAGGUUUUUAUGAUACAGAGUUUGUUGUCUUCAUAUAAAGAUGUAGUCCACAUUCUUCCAGUAAAAAAUAUAAAUGGUGAAGGACUUUUCACUGUAAUAAAGAAAACAAUUUCCGGACUGCAUGCAAUAGGUUUUAAGGUAGUCUGUGUUGUUAGUGACAACAAUUCAGUUAACAGAAGGGCAAUGUCAUUCGUUGCUUCCCCUCCUCAACUGUCAAUUGUGUACAAACACCCCUGUGAAGACACUGAUCCUCUUUUUUUAUGUUUUAGAUUCUGUUCACAUUUUAAAAUGUGCCAGAAACAAUUGGAUUAAUAAAAAAGAUCCUGAUCAGACAAUUAUGUACCCCCAGUUUGAAACAGAUUCAGAAAAUACACAGCUGUAUAUGGCCAGAUUCUCUUCAGUUAAAAAACUUCAUGACAUAGAGUGUACACAGAUAGUAAAAUUUGCCAAUAAGCUUAAUUUAAAGUCUCUUUUUCCAAGUAACCUGGAGCGACAGAAUGUCAAACUUGUACUUAAUGUUUUCAAUGAGAUGACUGUCCAAGGUUUGCUAGCCUUGGGGGAACAUCAUCAUAUUGAAAGUUUUGAGAGCACUGCUAAAUUCAUUAAAUUAAUUUGUACAUGGUGGAACAUUGUUAAUGUUAGCUCACCUGGUAAAGAUAUCCGUUUCAAGGAUGCAAUGCUGAAACCACUCUCGAGCACAAGUAAUGAAAAUAUCAGAUAUUUAGAAAGAUUUCUGUCAUGGCUGGAUAAAUGGAAACAUAUAUCUGAUAGUACAUUUGGAUUAUCCAGUGAUACACAUUUGGCCAUAUCACAUACCACUCAUGCCCUUCUAGAACAGACCAAGUAUUGCACUGAGGAGCUGAAUUUUAAAUAUCUUUUGCCAGGUAAGGUUCAGACAGAUGCUCUGGAAGCAAGAUUUGGAAAAUAUCGAACAAUGGCAGGAUCUCAGUAUUUGGUAUCUUUGAGACAGGUAUUUGAAAUUGAAUCCAAGCUAAGAAUUCAGACUCUGCUUUCCUUGAAAAUUUCAUCCUCUGCUCUUGGUGAAGUUGGCAUAGAUUUAGAUUCUUUUGAAAGUGAUUGUGUAGAUGAUAUUACCUUACCACCACCAUCAAACUUUCAGAGUAUAAUGGAUUUCAGUGAAGAACAAGUUCAGUCUGUUCAGGAAUACGUGCCUGUUUUCACAUACUUGUCAGGAUACUGUGCCAGAGCUGUUCUUAAGAAGCUGAGGUGUGAAACAUGUAAAAUAUACUUAGUGCUUGAUAAAACAUUAUCCAUAAUAGAAAGUUAUGAAAGCUAUGGACUUCUAAGAAACGUAGAUAGAGGUGGAUUGUAUUGCCCUAAUAAUGAGGUCAUUAAUGCUGUUAUUUUCACUUAUUUGAUUGUUAAAAACUUGAUGUCUGAAGAACAUGAGCUCUCCUUCAUGAGAUGUACAUCCCAGAGAAAUCUAGUUGUAAGAUUAGCUGUUGAUGUAAUUAAAAGGGAAGACUUUUUCCUAAGGGAAUUUUCUUGUAGUCAGGUAGAUCACACUGAUGACAAAAUUCUUCAGUCUGUAGUAAAAGUAGCAUGUAAUAUAUUUCUCAAUAAUUAUGUUAAAAGAAUUAAUGACGGCCAUAUUGUCAGUAAAAUGAAAAAGAGAAAACUGUCAACUGUAAAGUAG